GCUGCUAAUUUUGUUUUGUUUUUCUCAUUGAUGGCAUUAUUAGAAUGAUUGUGGCUGGGUGUAAUGUAGAUAUGUGAAAGACUGAUGGGGUGGUUGUCAUGAUACAGUUUGUAAUAUUCUUAACAUUUUAUUGACAAUAUUAUAGGUUUGAAACAGGGACUAGCACGGUGAAAGGUUAUAUUUUACCAAGACUUGAAAAAAUGUUAAGGCCUAUUUUAUCUAAAUGUUUGUGCUUUGAGUUUUUGAAACAUAAAAUAAUGCCUUUUCUUAAUGGUAAAAAUUAUGUGGUAAUAUUUUUUAAUAUAAAAAUGCAUGUACGGUACUCUUAUUUUGUGUUGACGAUUAGGAGAACAUAGUGCAUAAUAAAUACUUAUUCUGUAAUAUGUAUUUUUUUCAGUUUCAUCUGAAAGAUUCUGAAGUGCUUUAUGAUAGCUUAUCUAGUAUGGUGAAAGAAUUUAAAAAAUCAGAUAAUCCUUCAGUCAAAUUAACACGAAUAUUACCGGCUUCCGACUAUGACGACUCAGAAUUGCUGCUGCUCUGUACUUGUCGUGAUAAAGAAAUCCAGAGCAACAAUCACGCUGGUCCCAGGGUAAUAAGUAUGAAUCAUCUAACAUCUUCAGAAGAAAACAUCAUUCGAGGAAGAUUUUGCGAUGUAAUCCAAGCACAGUGGACUGUACAGAAUAACAAGGAAGUUGCUGUAAAGAUGCCAAAAUUCAGAAGCCUUAAUGAUACAGAACGUUUCCUAGUAAUACUCAACGAGUUUUCAUUUGUGAACUGCGAAUGUAUUGUUGAAAUACAAGGCGUGACCUUGAACCCGUUGUCACUGGUGAUGGAGCACUUGCCAAUGGGGUCCCUUGAUAAAUACCUUCAGACUCACAAGGCUACCAUGAAAGAGGUAGAGCUAGUGGAAGCAGCGACGUACUUGGCCCGGGCACUGUGGUACCUUAAUGUGGAAGGUGUCCGGCACAACAACAUCCGCUGCCACAACAUAUUUGUGGCCGAACAUACUGAUGAAACAUUCAAGGUUAAACUUGGUGAUCCAGGUUUGGUAAGGUAUGACCAACGGGAUUUGCACUGGAUCCCUCGUGAACAUCACUUCCAACCUCCCUUAGCCCUCAAUGACAGUACUACUGAUAUUUGGGCUUUCAGCACCACAGUCUGGCAGAUCUUCUCUCUUGGCGAGAUGCCAUUACCAGGUGCUGAUAUGGAAGAAGUUCGUAAACUUUAUGCCACUGGCCGCUUGCUGCCUCGCCCAGACCCAUGUCCUCUUGACCUUUAUAAGGUUAUGUUGCGUUGUUGGUCUCCAGAUCCACAAGCCAGACGUCAACCACAGGCCAUCAUGCGAGAUGUCAACCAGAUACUUUACCAGGUAUUCAAUUCGAGGAAGAACCAUGCAUAUCAAACCAUCUUCCCUGCCAGUUCAGCUGAGACAGAAAAUUUGGAUCAACCGAAUGGAGAAGUAUUAGAGGAAGAUGAAGACAACGCUUCAGUUACUACCCAGAUUACUACACUUACAUAUGCUGAUGGUUCUGUUGCACAGGUAACAUUAAGUCAGCUGCCAGACAGCCUUGUUGAUGACCUUAUUUCCCUCAGUUCCACUUAUUUUCAUGGUGAAAUCUCUCCUUGUAUGUAUGAAACUGGUGCAGCAUUCUACCCACCAUUAAUGAAGCAGGGAAGCACGAUGAAAACACUGACCGAGUUACUGCUUCCUCCACUGGCUGCUCAACGUAUGCCUGAGGUUCCUGCCUUGCCUAGUCAGCCACUACAACUGGAUAAAUCUGCUAUUGUAUUUGGCAUAAAGAUUGGGGAGGGCAACUAUGGGGAGGUGUACCGUGGAUUGAUGAAUGAUGAUCAGGGACACACUAAGACGGUGGCCAUUAAGACACUCAAAGCUGUAGGUCAAGUGGAUGAUUUUAAGAGAGAAGUGGAUAUAAUGAAGAAGUUGAAGCACAAAAAUAUAGUUGAGUUGUGUGGUCUUGUAGAGUCAGAGGGAGAAGAAAUGUACAUGGUAAUGGAGUAUCUACCAAUGGGCUCACUCAAGGAUUAUAUCAAGAGUCAUAAGGAACACUUGAAGGAUGCCACACUUCUUAAGUUUGCCAUGGAUAUUGCUGAG